CAUUUUUCUACCAUUGCCAGCCGCGCGUCGUUCUAGGUGAUUCUUGGCCACCGAACGCGGAGGAACCACAGGCCGACACGCAGACGGGAGGACGGGGACGAUAGCGGCCAGAAUCGACUGGUUUCGGAAGGCCGAACAAGGGCCGAGAGAGGACAGUCGUGCGCAACGGACUCUCGGUAUCGUUCAUGAUGAGAACGGAAGUGGUUCGCGACGGAACACCUUGGGACACAUCGAGAAUGCGAUCGCAAAGCUGCACGUGAUCUACGAGAGUGAACGCGAAGCUCGAUCUCGAUUUCCCGAUAUUGAAUUCCGAAGACGAAUUUCUUAAUAUAUUUGGCUGUGAUAUCGUCGCGGAACCGGCUCGAAGCGAGAAUACCACCCCGAGGCAUCGAUCAUGAUCGGUUGAGAAUCGAUCGCGUCUCCAACCAUCUGAUUAGAACGGUGUUUUAUCGUAUCAGUGGAAACGUAUCCUAGAACAAUGAAGCGCUCGUGGAUCCCGGUUCUGUUCGCGUUCGCCUCGAUCUCCGCGGUGAGAUCCGCCUCGAACGCGUCGCAGAAUUCGGCGCAGGAUCUGUUCGCCAGCCAGCUGGUCCGAAGUUCGUCGGACACCCUUGACGCCAACUGGAUCACCAUAUCGGAGGCGUUGGAUAUCUUCAACGUGCGACAUCUUGCCAGCAAUUGGACCGAGGGACGGUAUCCCGUGCAGGAGCAGUGCGCCAAGGAUCUCACCAGAUACAUCCAGGGACUGAAGAAGCACGAGGGAUGGGCGCUGAAAGCGGACGACGCCUCGGGCCGCUACACCAACAGCUUCUUCUGGGGCAACUCUUACUACGUCGGCUCCUCCACCGAAUGCAUCUACAUCAACGAGAACUACGCGAGGAAGAUGAAGGAAUCCGCGGACGUCGCGAUGGAGGAGGCGGCGGAAUUCAACGCGGAACCGCACAGGAGGAACACGGGGCUCAGCGGGAACAAUCUCUGGACCGAGUCGACGGUCGUCAAGCCGCCUUACAAGCUUGGCUUCUACAUGAUGACGAUCUCGAUAAACGCCACCGUGUCCCCGGCGACCAGGACGAUCUAUCUGGGAGUGUGUCUGCCUUUCUCGUGCACCGCCGCCGACGUCCCCGUGAUAGCGAGGCUGGCCGCGAGCGAACUCGCGGCGAACAACUCGAUGAUCGAGAAGGUCCGGGAUCAACACGACAUGUACAACAUGUACGGGGACCCCAUGUUCUGGGCGCUGUUUGGCAUAAGCAUGGGGGUUUUCGUACUAAUGGCGAUCGGUUCCGGAUACGAUCUGUACGUGACGCGAAAAUACGCUCGGAGGAACGUGAUCUACGACUUGGAGAGGCACGCGAAGCUCGAUCAACUGGCUGGCAGAAAUCAAAAGCCGUUAAGUGAUUUUCAAGGUAAGGUCUACCUUCCUGUUCCAGCGGCUGAAGCUAUCAUUGGCGCUCCCCAAUCAUUACCAGUUAAUAAUAACAACGAUCACGAGGGUAGCCUACGGUCGAGUACACCGGAGGUGUACAAAUUCAGCGUGAUCGAGGAGCUGCUGCUGUCCUUCUCGGUUCCUGCGAACGUGAAGAUCAUCUGCGACGGCAAAGUCGGCGGGGACACGAUCAGCACCAUCCACGGUCUUCGGGUGAUCUCGAUGGCGUGGGUGAUCCUCGGGCACACGUGCAUCACCGCGUUCAAGUACGCCGACAACAUGGAGUACCGGAAGGUCGUCGAGAGGAAGUUCUUCUUCCAGACGAUCACGAACGGCGCGUUCAGCGUCGACACGUUCUUCUUCAUGGGAGGGCUGCUGGUCAGCUUUCUGUUCUUCCGUACGAACGCGAAGGGUGAUCUGAAGUCGCUCACGCAGGGUACACGGGGUUUUGUGUCCGGCAGUCUGAAAUUUAUCGGGCUGCUGAUGUACCGAUUUUUUAGGCUGACCGCCCCGUACAUGUACGUGCUGGUCGUCGUUCAGAUCGCGAUGAAAUGGUUCCAUUCGAACUCGGUGUUCGAGCCGCCAACCGCGGAUCAUUAUAACUGUCCGAAUUAUUGGUGGAGGAACUUGCUUUAUAUCAAUACGUUGUUCCCGGUCGACCAAAUGUGCAUGAUCUGGAGCUGGUACGUUGCGGACGAUACACAAUUUUAUAUCGUCGGGGCAGUGAUACUGGUCCUAGCGACAAACCAUUUCAAAAUAGCAACGUUCGCGCUCACUACUCUGCUGCUCAGCUCUUGGCUGACCACGGGUUACAUCGCUCUGGUCAAUAAUCAUAUGCCGAGCUCCGACGAUCCUCUAGCGCUCUUCGACAAAAUCUAUGAUAAACCGUGGACCCGACUAGGACCUUAUCUAAUAGGCAUGUCGAUGGGCUACUUUCUGUUCAAGACUGAUUGCAAAAUAAAGAUGACCAAGACGACCGUCUGUGUGGGCUGGCUCCUCUCUUCGGCCUGUCUCCUCAGCUUGCUCUACGGAUUGUACGAAGCAGAUCUCAGCCCUCUGAUGGCCGCCGCUUAUUCCUCAUUGAGCCACAGCGUCUGGGCACUCGGCUUAUCGUGGAUCGUGAUUGCGUGUAGCACGGGUUACGGAGGGUAUGUUAACAGUAUCCUGUCGGCACCGAUUUUGUAUCCAUUCAGCAGAAUAACAUACUGUGCCUACUUGAUACAUCCGCUGGUGAUCCGGCUAACAGCUUUGAACUUGGACUCGCCGUUUCACUUAGGGAACUACACUAUGGCGAUCACGUUUCUUGGACAAAUGGUGCUAUCUUAUGUAUUGUCUUUUAUUAUAUCGUUAUCAUUCGAAGCUCCUAUAGUGAGCAUGCUAAAGAUACUUUCUCCGAAGAAACGGAAACGCAUACAAUAAUAAGGCAGUGAUAUCGUAGCUAUUAAACAGAACACACAACUGGUAAAAUUAUUUAUACACGUCUUUAUUUUAAUUGUAACUGAUGUCAAUGAAAGAUCUCGCGAACAGAUGCGAGAAGAACACAGAAGAGUUUACAAACUCUGUGAAAGAGAGAAAGAGAGAGAGAGAGAGAGCGAGAGAGAAAGGGUGGGAGAGAAAGAGGGAAUGAAAGAGAGAGUGAGAGAGUUGCCCGAACUUUUUUGCAUUGUCGCAAAACUAUGUUAGUCUUAACUUUUUCGAAUGUAUUGUUACAUAUAAAAUAAAUUAUUUGUCUUUGUA